AUGCACCUCACGUUUCUACUAUCCCUCGCAGCCCUCAUAGGCAUUAGCACAGCUAAAACGCCAGGCUGCGGAAAAGCCAUACCCUCCCUAUUCCCAACACCCGGAACAAACCAAACACUCAAACUGCCAGGCUCAGACCGUCAAUACCAACUAUACAUUCCAGCCAACUAUGACAAGAACAAGCCUACACCACUAUACUUUUCAUUCCACGGCGCAUCAGGCACCAUGAUAAUACAAGAAGCCCUAUCCCAAUUCUCCAACCCACUAUUCAACCCCAACGGCAUUGCCAUCUACCCAAACAGCAAAAAUGGCUACUGGCUCUCACAUCCAAAAGCAGAGACAACGCGCCCAAACGAUCUGGACUUCACCAACGACCUGCUCAACCACAUGGAAGAAAAGCUGUGCAUUGACACAAACAGGAUCUAUUCGGCAGGCAAGUCCAACGGAGGUGGCUUCACAGGCGUAAUUGCCUGCAACGCAACAGUCGGAAGCCGCUUUGCUGCUUUUGCAGCCGUCAGCGGCGCUUGGUAUAAUACCGAUGACAUCGAGGGCGUGGGUCCCUGCGCGCCUGCUGAGCGGGAAGAGGGCUAUCCGUUUUUGGAGUUCCAUGGCACGACGGAUACUACUGCGCCUAUUGACGGUAAUACGAAGAGCGAUCCCAAGCUGCCUGUCAUUGAUAUAUUGCAGGGCUGGGCGGCCCGCAAUGGAUGUGGAGACCAGGCGCAAUGGGCUAGGAACGAGACUGUUUUUGCGAAGCCGCUUGUGAGGCAUGCUUCUUGGGACUGUGAUGGGAAGAAGGGGAUUGUUCAGCAUUAUCGUGAGGGUGAUAAUGGCCACUGCUGGCCUAGUACGGUCGGGAAUAGUGACUAUGUCAGUCAUCCUGACCAGUGCCCGUUGGGUAAGUAUGUUUUCAAUGCGACAGAGUAUAUCUUUGACUUCUUUGGGGGGUAUCAGUUAGCCGAGUGA